CUAGAUGUCCGGAGACGCAUACAUCAAACUCAUCUCAGCGCUCCCGAAGAGAAGCAGCAGCCCGAUCUUCAGAAUCAGCCGGAUCAGCUAUAUAGCAAGGAUUAACCGCGAAUCAACCAAUAAUAACUAAAAAUGAAAGUGUUUGCCAUUGCCUGUGUUACCCUUUUGGCGGCCAGCUGCGCCUUCGCCGCUCCAAGUGUCCAAGACAACCGUGUUGAGGGCGAUAAUACCUUGGGCAGGGCCGCCAGAUAUCUGGGCGCCUGUCUGGAGAGCGACGACAUGGCCACCUGCUUCGCCGUCAAGGGCAUCACCGCCCUGAACCGUGCCGCCAGGAGCAACAACAUCGAGCUGGCCAGCGGAGUCACCUUCCAGAGAGACCCUGCCAAUCCCGUUUCCCGCACCGGAAAAUCCAUGAGCGAGCAGGAUGUCUACGCUGAGCUUCCCCAGAAUGCUGAUGAGCGUACUGGUCGUCUGGUGGACCUGGCCAUCUCCAGUGCCGCCGAUUUCCUGAGCACCCACAACUUGGAGUUCAAGCUGCCCGCUGAGACCACCCAGCAGGUUGCCCGUGCCCUCGAUGAAGGCCGUGGCAAGAUCAAGAAGAUGCUGGGACCCCUGGCUCUGGCUAUUGGCGCCAAAUUGUUCGCUGUCAUUCCCCUGGUGCUCGGUUUCCUCGCUCUGCUGACCUUCAAGGCCGUGAUCGUCGCCAAGCUUGCCUUCUUCCUGGCUAUCCUCGUCGGCGGCUCCCGUCUGCUGGGAGGAUUCGGCAACAAGUUCGGAGGCAACUCCUUCGGAGGAGCCUACAGCUCGAACGCCUGGUCCGCACCAGCCACCGCUGGCUGGAGCUCGGGAGCCUCCUCGUCCUAUCCCUAUGCCCGCAGCAUCAGCGAUGAGUCCGAGGCCCAGCAGUUGGCCUACGCCGGCCAGCAGCAGCAGUAAGAACUGGCCCGGAGACAGGACGAGCUCCAACAGCCACAGAUGUGCCUUCGUUUUGAAACCUUUAGCCUGUAGUAAUUUAUUCGAAAUGUAAUUAACUAAUUUAUUGCCACACAAAGCACACAGCAACAGCAACAUAGUCAAGUCGAAUGUUUGAAUAAAACCAUGAGUAUUGCACCCGAAAAAUAAAUCUACGAAUAUCCGUAAA